AGCUAAUCUCGCUUUCAAAAGCGGUCUACCAGAUUACGCCUUCGCUUUUGAAAUACGUAUUUGCGGACGAGAUGAGCGUUUGCAAUUUCCAUGGCGCCGCCGCCGUCGCCGCCGCACGCCGCGGCGCUUCCGGCGUGGGCGGCGGAGAACGCGCUCUUCCGCCGCCACCGCCGCCUCCGCCCGCUCCUCCUCCCCGCCGCUUCCCUCCGCGCCUUCGCUCCUCUUCUCUCCCACUGCAUCGUCUCCGGCCUCGCGCGCAACCCCUUCGUCGCCUCGCGCCUCCUCGUCGCCUCCUCGCGCCUCUCCCUCCGGUUCUCCCUCCUGCUCCUCUCCCACCUCCCCGCCUCCUCCCUCUCGCCCUUCUCCUUCAACUCCCUCAUCCGCGCCUCGCCUCCCCGUCUCGCCCUCCAGCUGUUCGACCAAAUGCGCCACCGAGGCGUUACCACGGAUCGUUACACGCUCCCGUUCUUGAUCCAUGCCUGUUCUUCCGGUGAUCGUCCUCUCUGCGAAUCCCUGCACGGGCAAAGCCUCCGCCUUGGUUACAGUUCCGUGCUCUUCACGCAGACGGCGCUGAUGAACGCCUACUUUGCUUGCCGGUUUGAGGUUGCCGCUCGCAGGGUGUUUGAUGAAAUGCAGGCGAAGGAUGUGGUUGCAUGGACGGGCAUGGUGUCGGGAUACGUGGACUCUGGGAUGUUCCUUCGAGGUGUCGAGGUAUUUCAGGAGAUGAGAAGCUGCGAGGAGGCUGUUAGGCCUAAUGUGGCAACGGUUGUGUCGGUUGCUUCUGCGUGUGCUGGACUGGGCUCCCUGGAGUAUGCCAAAGGGUUGCAUGCAUAUGUGGAGAAGGUGGGGUUGGAAGGAGAGUUGAUUGUGAAGAAUUCGUUGAUCGAUAUGUAUGGAAAGUGUGGCAGCAUUGAGUUAGCUCGUGGCUUGUUUGGUUUGAUGCCUCAGAAGGACCUGCAUUCAUGGACGGCCAUGAUUUCAGGGUUGGCUUCUCAUGGCCAUGGCAAAGAGGCAGUUGCUUUAUUCUUUAGCAUGAAAGAGGCGGGAGUAUUGCCAGAUUCGACUACCUUUGUUGUGGUUCUUUCUGCCUGUAGCCAUGCUGGAUUGGUGGAUGAGGGAAUAUCUAUCUUCAAUUCCAUGGAGAAUGAGUACAAGGUCACCCCUGAUAUCAAGCAUUACGGUUGCAUGGUAGAUCUUUUCAGCAGGGCAGGGCUUAUUGCACGUGGUUAUCAGUUUAUUGAAAGCAUGCCUUUUGAGCCAAACUUGGCAAUUCUCGGGGCAUUAUUGAGUGCUUGCAGUAUCAACAAUGAAUUGGAUAUUGGGGAACUAGUGAUCAAGAGGAUUGAGUCUGUUCGCUCAGAUAAAGGAGGUGCUGGUGUGCUUCUGUCCAACAUUUAUGCUAACCAAAACCUGUGGCAUGAAGUUGAUUCUCUUAGAAGGAAGAUAAGAGAUGACACUAUUUGCAGAAAGCCACCUGGCCAGAGUGUGAUUACAUCAGAUGUUUCUUUCAUGGCUUCUUGAGCAGGGUUUCAACACAUCCACUCUCAAUGUAGCUUCUCUCAUUAUUGGGCAGGUUUAAUUGCCAUAAUCUUCUGUACUUCGAUAGAGAUAACAAGACAAAAUUCUUCUAACAACUUAGGGAGGAGUUGUCAAGCUUGAUAUAGGUGUACCUACCUUCCUUGAUCAUCAUCAACAAGCUCUGGUGGUACUUGGUGAACCCUAAGAUCGUAGCUGCACCGUUUUACAUGUUCGAUUAUUUCAUGUGUUUAGUAUUGUAUUAUGCUCCUGAGCUUUUACUUAGCUAGUCUCCCAAGUACUUCAAUAUUUUUGGUAUUGGUUUGAAAACGCAUUUGGUUACCUAGUAUCUCCAAUCGCUUAUCAAUUCCCAGUCUAUUUUGCUUCAAAUGCAGAUCCGAUAACAAAACCUACCUCACUGAUCCGCCAUUGCCGUCGCUCUUGAUUGGCAAACGACACAUUUCUGAAGCAGCAUGGAAGCACAUCAACUUCCCCUUCUGUGUUGGAAGAACAAGAAAUAUGCCAGCUUAUUCAGUCUCCGUCCAAAAGCUAGUGCAUACUAGAGCGCCUCUACUCCCAGGUGAUAAUGCUUUCUUGCAGAAAUACUACCAUGCAUAAAUUGUUGACAAAUUGCAAUGCUGGUGUUUAUGCAUUCAGCAAAGCGUGUGGGGGCCGGAUGAUGUCAGUGAAAGCUUAUUUGCUCCUGCAAGACCCACCCACAUGCCACUCACGAAAGAAAUCAAGGGAGGAAUGUCAGCGGCAGAGAGGCGCAGAAUCUUACUUUUCACCGGCAAGUAGUUUUGUUGGUUAUUUUGGUCGUCAACACUAAUGGCUGGUUUUUGCUUACUAGUAUAUGAUUUGGACUCUUGUUGGUUGAUGCCGGAUGGAUGGUGAUUGGGGUAAAGGAGCAGCUACCCUGGCCCUGCAACUUCCACCAUAACAAACAUGAGUAGAGGCAGAGCUUCCAUGGGUUCUUGGGAGAAGCUUCUCUUGUGCAUGCACUGAACCAACAAGCAUAUCAUAUCGGCUUAUAUAUUAUUCUCCUGUAACUUUCCAGAAUCUUAUCUAACCUGGAUAUCACAACACUGGGCAUAUAUCUCUUUCUCCAUGUUGUGGCAAAGGAAUCUGGGGCAAGGAAAAGAAGGGAGCAAGUUGGGGCCUGUUUAGUUCCCAAACAAAA